AUGAAAUUUGGCAAAACUUUCCCCAAUCAUCAGGUACCUGAGUGGUCUGAAUAUUAUGUAGAUUAUAAGCAUUUAAAAAAACUGAUUAAGCAAAUAGUUAGUGCCCAAAAAGAUAUAAUUAAAAGUUUUAUCAGGGAAAAUUCUGAAAAAUUAGCCAAUAAUGAGAUCACUAUGAUUGAUAAUAUCGACACUUUAAAUAGUGACAAAAUUAGAAAACUUUUGGCUCAGUUUUUCUUUAUAUUAGACAAAGAUUUAGAAAAAAUUGAUACUUUUUACACCGAUCAUUUCAGCGAAUAUGACAGGAGAAUGCGUAGAUUAUUAUCCAGUGUUCAAGUCACUUCUUUAUAUACAUUACCAUCAUCUUUUAGCAUUGAUAAUAAUGAAAAGGGUAAUAACAGCAGUGUUAGUAUUGGCGGUAUCAAUAACACCAAUAAUCGUAAUUCACGUCAAUUAGCAUCUCGUUAUAUGCAAAAAACUAUGCCAACCAACAAUAAUAGCGUUACAGCCAUUAAAAGACUAGAGGAAGAUAAUUUAGAGGACUGGGAUGAGCUUUUCAACAUUUUAAUUGAUUUAAGAACUUAUUUUCGUAAUUUAAAGUGGUAUGGUGAAUUAAAUAAAAGAGCAUUUGCCAAAAUUUUAAAGAAAUUAGACAAGAAAUGUGGUACUAAUCAACAACAGAUUUAUUUGAAUGCAAGAGUUUACCCCCUAGACUUUUGUAAUGAUGAUGAAGUUUUUGUUAAUUUGAAUACCAUUAAUGAAUUAUUAGAUAUUGUAUCACCCAAGUUACAUAAGCAAAAUAGAUCAUCCAACUCGUCACAAAAUUCGACUGAUGUGGAGAAUAAAGAAUUUGUCAAAGAAUAUGAAAAAGAAUAUGACGUUUUAAUGGAGUUGAUUAAGAAAGACGAUUCGGCCGGUUUAAUGAACGAAUUGAUUUAUACCUAUAGGUCGGUGGUCUUGAUCCCAACGCGGAUUUUAAUAAAUUUAUUAAAUAAAUGCGCGUUAAACCAAUCUUACAAAUGUAUUGACGAUAUUUUGGAAGUUAUUCCAACGUUAGGUGACCCAAAUGAUAUUAACAAACGCAAUUUUUUCCACCAUCAUAUUAUUGCUUUGGGUAAAAAUUAUAACACUCAGAACAAGCCGAUCACGAAAAUUAACAAUGGGAAUACUGAAGAAAUUACCAAUGGUUUAAAUACGUUACUAUUAUCCAGUAUUGACAGUGGAAUUGAACCCGCCUUUCCACCGGAUAAUAAAUUAAUUGGUGCGUUUGGUCCUGAUGGCAUCAAUUCUAACGAUUCACCAUCAUCUUUAAAACAUAUUUUAUCCAAGUUACCGGCCCACUUAAGGCCAUCCUUACUAAAAAAGGAUAAUUAUAAAAGAACACCGUUACAUUAUUCUGCUCAGUAUGGGUUGGUUGAGGUUACCAGGAUUAUUAUUGAAAAAUUAAAAGACUGGGAUGUUUGGAAUCCUAGUAUUCCAAUUGAUGAUAUCGAAAUUUGGGGAGAUUCAGAAAAAUUGACACCACUACACUUAGCUGUUAUUGGAACGCAUCCUGUUACUCUAAAAGUUUUGUGCAAGUUUAUGAAUCCAGAUGUACGCCUAAAUUCCCCGAAAUUAUUACAUUUGGCUACCAAAUUGAAUUCUCCUGAACUAAUUGAUAGUUUAUUAUCCUUGAAAGUUAAAGGUUUCUAUUUGGAUUAUCAAGAUGUUGAAACUAAAGAAACUGCACUAUAUGUGGCUGCCAAAUUAAACUUGUUAAAUGCUGCCAAAUGCUUGAUUAAACAUGGCGCAAACACUGAAAUUCGUGAACGCUUAUUUGGUUGGACUCCGAUUUUUGCUAGUUGUACUGAGGGUUACAAAGAAAUGUGUGAAUUGUUAGUUAAUGAGGGACAUUGUGAAAUCGAAAUUUUUGACGAGAGUGGUUGGACACCAAUGGAACAUGCUGCUUUGAGGGGACAUUUGGAAAUCACUGAUUUGCUAGAAGUGAAAGAUCCAAUUGUUACAAAUCCUGUGAUCACAAACGAGGUCAGAGAAAAGUCUAUGUCACCCCUGAGUGGGAUUGGCAAUGGCAUCACUACUGCUGCAUUCUUAAUAGAAAACAAUUUUUCUAAUCAAGUUAAAAGUAGUAACAAUGAUAUUGCCAGCACUAGCACUAGCACUAGUAGUUUUUAUCAAAAUUCCAGCACACCAGAUGUUUCUUCAUCAGUGACAAAAAUUAGCACACCAGCUAACUUGAGAAAACAAAAGCCAACUAAAAAGUAUUUAAUGGAGGAAACAAGCGUUGUUAAUAAUACCAGCAACCAUGUGAAUAUUAACAUUGAACAACCACAUCCGCAUGUUAUGAAAGCUCUCGAUACUGAAACUGUCGACACUGGUAAUAACAUUGUUAUUGAUGAGGAAUCAAAUGCCCAUAUCAAUCCAGUUACAUUAAAUGCGAUUAAAUCAUUUGGUCAUGAUUACUUGAAACCAACAGAAUCCUUUAUCUCAAUAACUUUAGGCACUAAUGAUACCAGAACACAGACUCCAGCAGUGUCAUUGAAUAAAGUUCCUAUUUCCAGAAUUUCAUCCACUGGAUUAGAUACUGCCUUAUCUUUAUGUAUAUCCUGUAGGGAUUCGCUCAAAGAAACACCGGUUGUGCUAGACUUGCCUUUAGAUGAAACUGUCAAUGCAGUUAAUUUUAAAAUUCCUUAUAAAGAAAAUAUGAAUCAUGUUAUUUAUUUUGAUUUGGUCCCGACAUAUGGUUAUCAACAGCAAGAGGAAUAUAAUGAUUAUUAUAUGGGCGAUAGCCAUAAUAUGAAUGGAACUAGUACUUUAAACAAUGAUAAUUAUUAUAAUAUUGAAUGUGAUCAUGUUAUGAAUAAGUUCAACAAUGAACAUGAUGAUGGGUUUUGCAACAUUAAUAAUAACAGCAUCGAUUCCAGGCCAUUUAUGUAUAGAAAUGGAUCUUCUCAUUCAAUAUCUAGCGUUCAUUCCAAUGCUUCCAGUGGUAACGGACACAGAUAUCCUUAUAGUAUCAAUAAUAUUAAUUAUCAACUAAAGAAGAAAAACAAACAAAAAUUAAAUAGAAAUCACAACAAGAGACCAUUCAAUAGUACUAUGUUGGGGCGUGCAGUCGCAUUGCUAGAUACGGCUAGAACAAAAGUUGGCGACCACAGAAGAUCAUUACAAGAUACAAUUACAGUUCCAAUCAUAAGUUCAGAAACUAUGGAAGUGCUAGGUACUAUACAAUUUGAAUUUAUUUUAAUUAAACCUUUUAUUACAGGAAAUUUAGGAUUUAUCGACUCUAACAAAAAAUGGUCUACUAAUGAUACUUAUUGGAAAUCUUUAGUGUCAACACGAGUGAUCGGACAUAGAGGGUUAGGAAAGAAUAAUGCUAGUAGGAAGUCUUUACAAUUAGGGGAAAACACUGUUGAAAGUUUUAUUGCUGCGGCCUCUUUAGGGGCCUCCUAUGUUGAAUUUGAUGUUCAAUUGACCAAGGAUCAUGUUCCUGUUGUCUAUCAUGAUUUUUUGGUUGCUGAAUCUGGUGUUGAUAUUCCCAUGCAUGAAUUAACUUUGGAACAAUUCUUAGAUUUAAAUAACAUGGAUGGUACUGACAAGCAUACAGUUAAGAGUUCAUUGGAUGAGCAUAAAUAUAUGCCUGCUUUGGCUACAAAUGCUGUGAAUAACGCAAGUUCCAAUAAUGGCAACAAUAAUAAUAGCAGCAGCAGCAGCAUCAGUAGCAUUAAUAACAAUAAUAACAACCACAAAAACAUGGAGAAUAAUAGUAGUGCUAGCCGUAGAAGACGUAGUGUUGAUGAUUCUGAUAUACAUAAAAAAACAAAUCACCAAAUCGAACAAUUGGCAGGUUUUAGAGAAAGAAGAAUGAGGUUAACUAAAACAUAUAAAGAGAAGAAUUUUAAAGGGAAUUUUAGGGGAAGUUCAAUUGCUAGUUCUUUUGUUACCUUAAAGGAAUUAUUCCACAAAAUUCCAUCGAAUGUGGGUUUUAAUAUUGAAUGUAAAUAUCCGAUGUCUGAUGAGGCAGACAAAGAGGAAAUCGGACAAAUAGCGGUUGAUAUGAAUUUCUGGUGUGAUACUGUGCUAUCAGUGAUUUAUGAAAAUAUUGGUAAAGAUCGUGAUGUUAUAUUUUCAAGUUUUUCUCCUGAUAUUUGUUUGAUGUUAAGUCUAAAACAACCCAAUUUCCCUAUUUUGUAUUUGACGGAAGCGGGUACUACCAUAAUGGCAGACGCAAGAGCUGUGUCAUUACAAAGCGCAAUUAGGUUUGCCAGGACGUGGAACUUGUUGGGUAUUGUAAGCGCUGCAAAACCCAUUGUUAAAGCUCCCAGGUUGGCACAUGUGGUUAAAAGUAGUGGGUUAGUUUGCGUUACAUAUGGAGUUGAAAACAAUGAUCCUGCAACAGCAAGGAAGGAAAUGGAUGCAGGUGUUGAUGCGGUGAUUGUCGACAGCGUUCUAGCCGUUAGAAAAGAAUUAACAAGGAAUAACAAAUGA